UAAGUAAUUCCCUACUUAAAACGGGUGAUGCGCUAAAAUUGGUGUUUCUACAUCCUCUUACCACUCAGUUGAUGCUCUCACUCCAUUUGCAGUCUUCAAAAAAAAAAAAAUUGAAGUGAGGAGACAUGGCCGAAGAUAAAAUUCCAACAACUAGUAAUAAAGUCAACCUACGCAUUCGGCACAUGGAAACUUUAAUGCCUCCCACAGAAGAAGAGAUUUUAAAUGGCGAAUUGAGAAAACUAGCGCUGAAAAAUGAUAUGUUGAAGGAAAGUAUAUCUGAAUUCUUUGCAACAUUCUUACUAGUGUUCUUGGGGGAUUGCGUCAUAGCAACUUUGAUGUUUGCCCGCGCCGACAAUGUUGGUCUGGCUGCAGCACCCCUCGGAUGGGGUUUGGCACUGAUGGUGGCUGUUGCAGUCACUGGGAGAGCUUCUGGUUGCCAUGCCAAUCCAGCUGUUACCUUGGCUUUUGCAACAGUAGGAAAAAUAAAGUUGAAUAGAGUUUUGCCUUACUUCUUGGCUCAAUACCUGGGAGCACUUACAGCUGCUGUUCUGGUGUUUGCAGUAUACUAUGAUUCUAUCGGCGACUUUGACGGAGGCGAGAGACUAGUUCCACCUCAUCUCAAUGCAACAGCACAAAUAUUUGCUACCUACCCUCCCCCGCAUGUCUCCCUGUGGGCCGCCUUCGUAGAUCAGGUAAUAGCUACAGCCAUACUACUGAUGGCCGUUGUGGCAAUAAUCGAUCCAAAAAAUCUAUCCACACACAAGGGUCUUUAUCCGUUACUUAUCGGUCUUGCGUUGGGAGCUAUUGUAUAUGCGUUACCAUACAACUGCAUGGCUCCUCUCAACCCUGCCAGAGAUUUGUCUCCAAGACUCUUCACUCUGAUGGCUGGAUAUGGAUUGGAGGUCUUCAGCCAUCGAAAUUAUGGUUAUUUUAUAAUACCAAUCAUAGCUCCUCACAUUGGGGCUGUUAUCGGUGUCUGGUUGUAUAAACUUGCUAUAGAAAUCCAUUUGCCAGAAAAUAAAUCUUCCACUGGAGCUUUUAGAAUGAGAGAAACCUCUGAAGAGAGCGAGAAUCUUGAUGAAGAUCCUAAAGAACCAUUGAUCCACAUCGAACGAUGAAAUUUGCUGAAAGCAGACUGCAGCACCACAGGAGCAAGUUCAUGAAUGACUGCUGAUAAGGAAGAAUAUAUUGAAAGAACUUCUCUAAAUUCAAGUUUUCAAACAAAUUCUUCAACUUUGCGUUUAUUUCGAUUUUUUAACUGUUUACAUUUUAA